AUGACUGACUAUUAUCCUGAAUUAUCAACAAAAUUUGAAGUUAAAAAACUAAGAGCUGAACUACAUAAAGUUAUCGCUCAUGAACAUGAUACUUUCGUUUUGCUUCAAGAAAUAAGCUCUACUUUGGAAUUCACUUAUGAUCCAAUCAACAACUGUUUCACAAUAAAUUUAAAUCAUUUUGAUAAAAUUGAUAAUUUAGAUCAAAAUACUAUCGAUCCAAAUUUUAAUAAAAAUUCACCCUUUCUAAACCAUCGACAUAUUGGUGAUAUUAAAUUUAUUUUGAACAAAAAAAAACAUUUAAUCUUGAAACUAAGCAAAAAAAAUAAAGCCGAAUAUCUAUUUCUUUAUGAUAAAUACAUUUAUCCAAAAUUUAAUAAUAACAAUACAAAUCACAAUAAUAACAAUACAAAUCACAACAAUAACAAUCAAAAUAAUACUUCCAAUAAUAAUUCUAAUAUAACUACUACUGAUCACAAUUCACACAAUAGUAUUAACAACAACUUCAGUAAUAUUACCAACAUCAGUGAUAUAAAUGGAAUCAAUAAUAUUAACAAUAUUAAUGCUAUAAAUAAUUUAAACAAUAUGAAUAAUAUCAACAACUUAAACGCUCUAAAUGCUCUAAAUAAUAUCAGCAGCUUCAAUAAUUUAGGUAUAAGUACUUUGAAUAAUUUAAGUAACAUCAACAGUAUAUCUCAUUUAAACACUAUUAGUAAUAUAAACAGCCUUAAUAAUGUCAGCAACUCCAAUAACAUUGACAGUUUAAAUAGUUUCAAUGGUAUUAAUACAGAACCCUUUGCGAUAAACAGCAACAGUAGCAGCAAUAGCAUAAUGCUAACAAGUGGUACCUCAAGUUCAGUUUUAUCAACACCUAUCUCACUAUCUUAUGACGGAACAACUGGUUUAUUUGGUAACGAUAACGACUAUCUUGGUUCUAGUCAGUCUAAUCAAUGUCUUUCAAAAUCUGUUGUUAGCAACUAUGAUGCUUCAUCAGGAAACAGUUCAUCAUCAACAAAUAUAAGUUCAAACACAAACACAACUGCAAAUAGUGUAAAUGACUCCACUUAUGAGAACAGAACAAGUAUAACUUCUUCCGCUGGAACAUACGGUACAAUUAACAUUGAUCCAUUUCCAAAUGAUUCUACUCUUGAGACUCAACUAUCAUAUCCCCAGCAAACUGCUUCAAGCAAUUUAUUUUUUCAACCUGCAUCAAAUAAUUUAAACUCCAUUCAAAUAUCACCUCAACAACCCUUUCUAAAUCCAUUUCACCAGCAACAGCAGAAUUUCUUAUUACAAUCUCAGAUAAAUGCUAAUAAUCGUAUUUCUGGUGGUUUAGAAGAAGGUUCCCAAAAGCCCUCAAUCAAUAAUAACGAAUUUAGUACUCCAAUAUUAACAUCAAAUAACAUUAUUACAGAAUGCAAUUUGAUGAAUAAUUCUAACUCAUACCAGAAAAGAAUUUUCAGUAAUGAUGCUAAAAUUAAUAACAGCAUUAGCAAGAAACAGAAUAAAAUUUCAAAACCAAUGUCGUAUGCACAACUCAAAAAUCAGUAUCAUUUGACUUUAGAAACUUUUAAGAACUAUCUAAAACAUGAUAAGAAUAACUAUAAAAUUGCCAGUGAUAUUGUUAUGGAUUUAAUUUUUCGAAAAAUAAUUCCUUCAAAUUUGUUAAUGAAAAUUUCUAAAGAGAUUGAAAAUAAUGUUGUUUUUCACAAUUUCAUAAUUAGCAACAAUUACUCAUUGGAUGAGAAACUGAAUUUUAUUUUAAACUAUUUGGCAAGAACAUCUAUUAAUGAUGAAUCUAACAGCGGGAAAAUUGUUAACUCCUUUUGCAAUGAUAAUAGCACAAUUAAUGAUACAGAAGAGUCAAAAAGCAGAAAUAACAGUUUUUGUAAUGCAGAAAACAUCAAACAAUCUUCACUGAAUAAUAAAGUUGGUUGUAUAAUAAGUGAAGCUGAAACCGGAACCGAAAUCAAAUAA